CCCACCAAUCCAAGCAAGUGGAAUGGUUCUACAUCACUGCUUAUCAGUGAGCAGGGAGGCGGGGCUUAGCGUAUGACAUCCAGUCGCGACCAAAUCAGCGGGGUGAGCGGAGACAGAACGCCCUGUCUUCACACUCACGUGGCCGCUGUGGGGAGGACUUCGGUGUCGCGGUUGCCAGAUGCCCCGCCCACUUACAGCCCAACCCGGUAUCAUCUGUACAGCGGGUGAAGAGUGCAGAGCAAGCCGAUCCCAACACAUGGUUUAAUCCUGCUCUGUCCCAGGAGGAGAAAGACCCGGAGAGUGAGGGAGCUAGAGAGAGACUCCCAAAGAGAGAGAAGAGAGGAGCGUCUUCUUUACCAGCACUGACAAGCAGGUGUGAACCCCCCUCCUCUCACACCCAGCCUGCUACUCUUCCUUCUCUCCCAACAAGGGAUCCCCUGCAGAUCCCUCUGCUUUGCCUGCGGAGCCCACCUCAAGAAUCAAGGGGGGACGGACGAACCCCAUUAAUUCCCCAUUGACCAUCACUACAAUGACAAUGAGUCUUUCAGCGGCUUUUUCUGAAAGCGCAGCAUCUCCCCACGUGUGUCUCUGGCUUGUAGUGGGGGGGCACGCGUGAGGAUUUAAAAAAGGGGGCUGUGUAUUCCUAGCUGACUAGUGCAAGUGCAAUCCAAUAUUACAAAAGGUAUCAUCUGGAACCACCCGGCAUGAAGAAUUGUGGAUAGAGGAGAUAUGAAUUUCUUAUUAAAGAGCGACUUGUAAAUUAAAGAGGGGGGACUUUUGCUCCCCCCACAGCCUCCGCCCAUCAAAUUUUGGGGUCGGAAGAAUUGCUCGCCUUGAAUUGUAAUAGGAUUUUCUUUUUUUUUUCUUCAUCUAUAGAACAUCUGUUGCUGCAAAAGACCAAGAAUAGACACCUCUUUGGACAGAUUUCAAACACACCUCUCUUUCUUUUACAUUUGCAGAAAUCUUGUUAUAGAUCAUAUCUGGAAUUCACAUUUUUGGCAAAAAUGCUGUCUUAGAUUUAACCCUAUAUACAUGCGAUAGAAAACUAAUUACACAUGAUAUUUCUAUAAAACAUGAUUAAUGCAGAAUAGAGCAUAGUAUUGCAAACUGCUGAUAUAUUUACAUGUAACAUUUAAAAUAUAAAGAUUUUUUUUUAGGCUACCCAUAUUUAAUUUUAAAGUGCUUAUCAGAAUUAUACAACUAGCAGUUUGAUACAAGAUAUGCUUACAAAGUCUGUCAUUUUAUUGAGGUUGCUGUAAUUAUUACAGUUUGGUAAGCUUUUGGCACACAGUAUUGGUUGUGACUUUCAAGUUCUUAUGUUUUGGUGGCUGUUGCCAAAACUGGACUAAAUUUCUGUGCAAUUUUUCUUUUUUUAUAUAUAUAAACAUUUAAAACAUAAAUUUCCUUAAUGUAUAUGACAAACUGGUCUUUAAAUAAUUUGCCUUUUCGCCAGUCAUUGGGAAUGUUCUUAAACACUUAACCUUUUCGUUUAAAUGACUGCUGUUUUUACCAGUUUGAAGCCACUUUCCAAAUCUACUUGCAAGUAUUUUUUCUCAAUUAUUCAGUUUACUUGACCACAUUUUCAAAGAAAUAUAUCCACCCACAAGGGAAAUUAAUUUUGCGCUUUAGUUCCAUAUUGUUACUUAAUUGAAUUCUCCCCUUCUUCUGAAGUUUUCCAUUUUUUUUUUUUUACUGGAAUCCUAUUUCAAAUGCGGAUUUAAGUCAUUUUUUUGGUUGAAGAAAGAAGGUUAUUUUUGAGAGACAGUGAUGGAGAAAUUGGAAGCGGAGUCAGAUGUGGAGCCUCAGGGUCGCCCUCGUUCUUGCACCUGGCCCCCACUGCCAGAACCCUCCUCGGAUAUGCCCUUGCCUCCUCCUGGCCUGGACCCAGGGCAAAUGCGCAAAGCCAAGAGUUCACGUAGGAAUGCCUGGGGUAACUUGUCCUAUGCUGACCUCAUCACCAAGGCUAUAGAGAGUUCUCCAGAGAGACGCCUGACCCUUUCCCAAAUUUACGAUUGGAUGGUGCGAUUUGUACCUUACUUCAAAGAUAAGGGUGAUAGCAACAGCUCUGCAGGUUGGAAGAAUUCCAUCAGACAUAACCUUUCCUUACAUACACGCUUUAUCCGUGUUCAGAAUGAGGGAACAGGCAAGAGUUCUUGGUGGAUGUUAAACCCAGAAGGUGGAAAGACAGGGAAGACACCAAGGAGGAGAGCUGCAUCUAUGGACAGCACAAGUGGAAAAUUUCUAAGAAUAAAAGGCAAAGCUGGGAAGAAGAAGCAGCAGGUGCAGGCUGCACCAGAGCCAACCGGAGAAGGCAGUCCUUCUUCACAGCAAGCAAAGUGGUCUGAAAGUCCAUCUUCCCACAACAGUGAUGACUUUGAGGUGUGGGCUGAAUUCCAUAACAGAGCCAACCCUGUGGCAGGGAACUUGAGUGGAAGACUGUCACCCAUCUUGGGUAAUGAUGAACCAGAUGAACUGGAGGAUGAUGAAGUAACACCCUCUUCACCUCUCAUGUACCCAAGCCCAUCUAGCGCCCUGUCUCCCAGUGCCCGCUGUUCAGUUGAAAUGCCACGACUUGCAGAAAUGAGUGGUAACAUAGGUCUGAGUGAGGGGCUUUCAGACCAUUUGUUAGAUGAACUACAGGAUGGUUAUAAUGUGAACUCUGCUGCUGCCCUCCGUCAACGCAGUCCUGGGUUUUCCUUCACCUCUAAGUGUCCAACUGCAAACAACACCUCUAAUGCUUUUUGUGGCACCAUUUACAGUCAGCCGGCAAUGGGGAUGAUGAGACGGUUGCCAAUGCAGACAAUCCAAGAGAACAAACAAGCUGCCUUCUCUCCUAGCAGUACCUACAGGAAUUCAUCCCUCCAGGACCUCCUCACUGCCAUGUCCUAUGGACAUAAAGAAGGCAUUAUGCAGAGUGAUCCAGGUUUAGCUACUAUUUUGGGGCCACAGCGUAGCCACAGGCAAAACAUGAACAUGAUUAACAGUUGUGACUCAGUACAGGUGCCCUACUCUGCCUCCCUAAUAAAGAGCCACAAUUUGUACCACCCAUCCACUCUUAACCACCACUGCUCUGUUAACAACAGUGCCUUAGUUAGUGUAAGUGGACUGGGGAAUUCUGAAUCAUGUGGCUUGUCAUCAGUUCCACAUCACUCUUACUUCAGUAGUCAAGGUGGGCAUGGAAGUCUACUUGAAGGGCCAUAUCAAGGGGCAUAUCACCACCAUCAUCAUCAUCACCCUCAAAUGUACAAUCAAGACAGAUUUCCUACGGACUUAGACUUAGACAUGUUCAAUGGUACUCUAGAAUGUGAUGUGGAAUCUAUCAUUCUCAAUGACUUCAUGGACAGUGAUGAGAUGGACUUUAAUUUUGACUCUGCCCUGCCACCACAAGGAGGCUUCAGCAUGGCUGCUACAGCACAGCCAGCAAAUCAAAGCUGGGUACAAGGUUAAAUUGUAACUAAGGCCUGUUUGUAAUGUUAGGUUAGAGGCAUUUCCUUCACGGCAAUCAGACAGACCUUUAUCUGACAUAAAUAGAUAUUUGAUUGAUAUACAAUAUUGGUUUGGUUGAACCUUUCUGCUAUGGAAUGGUAAAGUAAUAAAAGGUUAGGUUGUUAUAAUUGUCUCCUGUGAAGUACAAUUAUGGUCUAAAUAUUACAUAUUAUAACACUUAGAAAGUUUACACCCCAUUCACUUCUUAAUAAGAUUUUCAAAAUCAAUCUCCCACAAAAACAAAAGUGUAUGAUUGAGUAUGAGGUUAGCUCCCACUGUAACCAUUCUCACAAAUGGGUUAUACAUUGUAAAAUUAGGGAACAAUCUCCGCUAUUGUACACUAUGUUGAGUGUUCAUUAUGGUGUCUUUAUUUCAAAUAGAGAACAGCAGAGGUUAGAUUCAUUUAUAUCACCAGUUAGUAGCACAACAAUGUUAUCUUGACACUAUUGACUAUUGAUACAUUUUCUGGAUUCCGUAUAUGUUUUUGUAAACAAUCAUGUGUUCUAAACUACAUAUUCCAUAGAAUAUUGUGCUUACAUUCCUGUCUGAUGUUGUUCCAACAAUUCUAAAUAUAGGAAUAUGUCUCACAAAACGGAAUGCUCAACAUCAUCAGUGAGAUGUGUUUGAACAUAUGGAUACACAGCUAUUCACUGAAAUAAUUAAGGGUUAGAGUAAAGCGCACCUUUGUCUGAGAACAAGUUUACCUAAAACUGAGACAGCUGUUUAGUUUAAAGACAGGCUAAAAUGAAGGAACUAGAGUAAUAGAUUUCUUAUUUCUAACUGCAUAUUUCAUACAUCUCUUGGCAUGGUCCAUCCACUACUCUCUAGAAGAGCAUUCCUUCCUGGCCCUUCCUGUUACAUACUCUAGGAGCAUUACAUUUGGGGUUAGAUGAAGAUGAAGUUUUUUUUUUUUUUUAAUAAAUGAACACCUUGUACUUAAAAAACAUAAAAAGAAAAUUAACUUUAAUGAUAGGCCCACAGUUCUAUGAUAUUAUUCUUUCCAGUCUAUGUAAUUUAAUCAAUAUUAUUCUGAAAGUUGGUCAGAGAAAUACAACAUGGCUAAUGAAUCUUUGGUUGUUAUUCUUUCCACAAAACACUUUUGUGGCAAACAAAUAAUGCGUUUCUGUAGAUAGACAUGUAAUUUGGUAGAAAAGGGUCAAUAAGACAAAUGUCAUGGUAGUAAGAACAGAUAUGUGUGGCUAACUAAAGCAACCAAUCAGAAAUUAACUUUUAGCAGAGUGGCUACCUGAUUGGUUGGUUUGGGUCCCAUUAUAUUUAUGCUUUUUGUACCAAACAUAUCUAUGUGUUCUUUUUUAUAUUCAGACUUAGCCAACAUCUAUAGUAAUUCUAUUCAACCGAAAAAAAAGUGUCUUUGAAAGGAAACCAGUUGAACUUCUUAGCAAAGUUGAUUGGCACUGAAGUGCUAGUUUAAAAUAUUUUGCUAUUUAUUGGCAAUUUUUUUUCUAUAUAUGAACAAAAAGGGGAAGGGAUUUCUUGAAAUGCACUUUGUUCUUCCACAGAGCACACAUUGUUUAAAAGGGACCUCCCACAUUUGAAAUUGCAGUAUAGGGCUUUUUUAUUGACUGGAAGCUGCAUAUUGUUUUUUUUUGUAAUAGAACUACAGCAAUUACAAUUGGUAUAUUUGAGAGCUGUAACGUAAAGUAGAGCUUCGAAUUAUCAGAUUGUGAGAGUCAUUUUGUAUCUAUGCUGAAGUCUACCAAAAAUAUCUCACAAGAAGAUAUAGUAUCUCAACACUAUGGGGCUGACACAUUAACUGAUGGUUGUAGAAAUGAGACACAAUCUUGGGGUUACAUUCACUAUAUCUUGGCCAAAAUAUACUGUACUAGGCUCAGAUUUCUGGUCCUGGCGUUAUUUCAGUGAUAUAGCCGAUAGAUUAAAAGAGGCAAAUCGUUUUUAGGCAAAAACACCUUGUUUUUUUCUUUAAAACUAAUUGUCACUUUAAGGGGUAUAUUCAAUUAGGGACGGAUCCAUUCCGACAUGCAUUUGUCGGAAUGGAUCCGACAACCCCUAUUCAAUCCCAUCUCAAUUCGAAUUGAGAUGAGACCUGUGAGCGGAGGAGAGGGAGGAGACCAGCGGGGACAGUCGCAGGCAGACAGAGGAAAGCAGCGCUACAGCAGCGCUGCAGAAGGAAGUCUCACAGCCGCCAGACCUCACGGCAGUGUCCACCCGGGUACAGCAAGCGUGACCUCACUUGCUGGAGCCGGGUGGACGCUUCUGUGAUCGGCUGUGACACAUCCUCCUGCAGCUCUGUGCUGUAGCGCUGGUCUCCCCUGUAUGCCUGCGGCUCUCCCCCCUCUCCUCCUGUAAGGUCCCUCAUCUCAGUCCGACACUUUUUUAUGUCGGGUUGAGAUUGUCGGAAACGGGGCCAAAUCCUGUCGAAUUUGGCCCCGUUUCCCUCAAAAGUACGUGAAUCGGCAGCUAUACCACCGAUUCACAUACUAUUCGACAAGUCGAAUUCCCCGACUUGUCGAAUAAAAACAGCUGUGAUUGAAUAGGUCGAAUCACGAUUCGACCUUAAAAAGUCGAAAACUUUUCGACAGACGGCAGCUUUCGACCCUAAUUGAAUAUACCCCUAAAUCUAGUGGCUACUUUACAUCACUGCAAUCGCAGCAGGAGGUGCAAAUCAAAGUUUUUUUACAUUUGGGCCCUUCUGUUCCUGUACCAUGACAGAUUUGGAAUACAGUAUGUAUGUAUCUGUAAUGCUGCCUUUAAUUUGCACACCUAGCACCUUCAGUUCCAUAAAAUAAACAGCAACUUUUACGAUAGCUUAAAAUUUAAAUUACCCAUUAAGCCAACAUUAUUGGAUAAAUGUACCUAUUUACUUAUGCAGCCAAAUUAAAUGAUACAUUACCUGCUAAUUCCUAAAGUGGAGUUUAACUUCAUAUUUGUUGUCUUUACUUAUCUGAAGUUAGACACUCUGGUGAAAUAUGUAUUCUAUACAUACAUAUAAAUAUAUACUCUAAAUCACAACGUUAAUAAAUGUAAUAUUUAGAUUAAUGAAAACAAAGUAAAAAUAACCCUACUAUACUGUCCCUUUAGAAUGUUAUAUUUAUUUAUUAAUGUAAUCUAUUAACUAUCAAUUGAGCAUUGCAAACAUGCAGAUAUCUUACAAUUAAAUUAUAUAUAUAUCUGUAGAUUAACAGGGAUGUAAUCAUGUUACUGGCGGUCGGGAUCCCGCCAGUCAGUAUACCGACCCCGGAAUCCUGACCACUGGAAAUCUCGACAGUUGGCAUGCUGCCUAACAGGGACUAUUCCUACUCUUGGGUGUCCAUGUGUCCGCAAGGGACUUUAUUUUGCUCGCCCCCCCCCCCCCCCCCCCAUGCUGACUAUCCCCCUAUCCCGACCGCCGGUCACCCGAUCCCAACCUGUUUAAAACAACUAUUAAUUUCCAGAGCACCAGUAGAAUGGAUAACAAUAAAGCAACAAUCUCCUGGCAUGUGGAAAACUGCCGCAACCAGCUAUUAUAUUCAUUUGGCCCCUCCCUCUUAGCAGGCUGGUCUAAAAAAAGGAAUUUAUCCUGGAUUCAAAUAAGCAUUUCCAUCUGCCAAUAAACAUUAUAUGGGAAGCACUCAUUCACCAAUUUUUACUUAACUUGUCCCAUUUGUAUUGUUCUCUUGUGAAAAAUCAUAUUUCACAGAUCUAUUCUGCAAGAGACUUUCCUAAUGAAUCGGUUUAUUAUGCAUGGGAUGUGACCUAGAAGAAGCAAAUAAUUAAUUUACAGAGCUGACAAUCAGAUAGGUCAUAUUUUAUUGCAUUAGAGACCUUCUUGCUGAACUAGGAUAGCAUUCCAGCAUAUUCCCAAUUACCCUUACUAAUACAUUGUGAAAUAAUUAUUGAUAACAUAUCUGGUAAUAUUGUUCUAGUAGUGUUCAGCAGCCACUGCCAUUUCACCUACAAUCCAUACAGCUGCUGUAAUGUCCAGUUUUAAACUGAUUUUGAAUUUUAAAAUGAGCAUUUAAAGAUGAACAACAAACAGGGUCUCGGGAAACAUGAUUUGCAAAACUCUUAUUACAAAGGCCCCUCUGCUCUCUGGAAUCAUAGUCGUGUGUCAGUGCUGUCCAAACAUUUAUGAAGAGGGUCGUAUACAUAUUAAAAUGUUGCUCACAAGACAAAUGUUAAUUACAAAAAUGUCAUCAAGUAGAAUCUAUGGAAGAAGUCAGGGAGGGUGAGGGCUACCUAAAAAUAAAAUAAAAUACCCCUAGAAAGCUACAUACAGCCCAUAUGAUUCUAACAAGAAAACCCGAAUAUAUUUUUUGCAAAUUGCCAAUCUACUCCGAUAAACAGAUUAAAGUACAGAAAUGAGGGAAUUUAAUAAUGUAUUUUGUGAUAGGUUUCCCCUCUUUUUUUUUUUUUUUUUUUAGCAAACCCAAUAUACUGUACUGUAUGUACUAUUGUGUCACUUCUUAUAUUUUGUAUGUGUAUACUUGUAGACUGGCGAUUGGAUUGUCAUGACUUUUUUCCCCUCCAUCCUUAAUGUCCUUAAUGUGCGCUCUGAUUGGCAUUUAGAAGUGUAACAAUGGUAUGUGUCCCAAAUCUGAAAUCAUGGAGCCAUUUUUUUACCUGUUUGAAAAAUAUCCAUGUUAUUCCCAUGGGAGAGAAUAACGUCUAUAGUAUGUUAAAUGAAUACAAUUUAAGGAUAUUCAACUUUUCAGUUUAAACUGGAGAUGUAUUAAGCCUUUGAGAGAGCUAUAAUAGAGAACCAAUCAGCUUCUGUCAUUCAUCUAUAACAAUCUAUGAAAUGUCAGUUAGAAGCUCAUUGGUUGAUACAGUAUGUACAAUCUCUCCAUUUUAUCUCUCUCAAAGGUUUGCUACUGUACAUCUUCCCCUUAGAAAAAAAACCUAAUCUAUACUACCUACACCUGGUUUUAAGCAAUGUGAUUCUAAUCCUGAAGGGUCUGAGGCUUACUGAUUUCCUGUAUAAUGUGGCUGUUUACAUGUUUCUUUGUUUUAUUUAAUUUCAUGAACAGAAUUUAAUAUAUACAGAACCGUGUACAUAGAGAAAAUAUAUUAGGAAUAUUUUUUAUUUUAUUUUAUGUGUCCUGUUGUUUUUUUAUGGACUCAGAACAUUUUAAUCUCAGUUUGUAUGGACUGUUAUUUUUUUAUGGCCUCUGUAAUAAUAAUGGAGGUCUUGCCAUUAUGAUAAUGGUAGAGUGGUAUCAUUCAACAUGGUGUAGGCAGGAAAAUAAUGCAAGAAGGGCAUAAGCUUGAAAUGUAAUUUUUGUAAUGCCUUCCACUGUGGAAGUAAACUGGUGGAGGGUAGGUUCUAAGGAUUGUGGCUAUUAGGGAAGGGAGGAACCUACAAGGCUAACUCCGAUAGUGCCUUAUUGCACCUGGAAAUGCCAUGUAGUAUCUCACAGUUAUAAAAAUGUCUUCUGUAAAUGGACACACCUCCCUGUUUGAUUAUACUGAAUAUCUAGACUCUGUUCAUGAACAACUGCUGCUCUGUAUAAUGGUUAUGAGUAUCCAGAUAUCAGUUCACUAUGCAGUGUACUGAUGCUCAGUAUCACUAUACAUCGGUUUACUUUGCCCAUGUGGUUCCCCCCUUGUCCACCUCACUGCAGUGUAAAGCGAUUGUAAUGUUUUUGGGUGUGUUGUUGUAGUGUGUGAAUCUUCAGAUGUAACAUAAACCUGUGUAUACUGACUGUACAGAAUAUUUUCAGGAAUAAAAUUGUUUUAAAUAUUGUA